AUGGCUAUUCCAAUCAUUCCAGUUGAAGCUGAAGAUCGUCAUGUCGAACUCUUGGUUACUUUAGCUGAUGGUAUAAUUCAUGAAACCACUCCUGAUGUCAUUAGGGCUUCUUUACCUUCUUCAGUUUCGGAUGCUAAAAUUAAAGAAUAUAUAGCAACUUACUCGAGGCCAUCUAAUAUACCAAAAUUUUUUGAAAUAGCAAAAAGAUCAAUUAAUACAAAUACUAUAGAUGCAACUCAACAAUUUAUUUUAUUAGCAACUGUAUUAGAUUCGAGAAUUUUAGCUCCCGUAUUAACUAAUUCAUUGACAUUAAUUCGAGAUAUGACUUUAGAGCAAAGAGGUGCUUUAUUAGCUUCAUGGAGAGAUUCACCAAUAGCUCAAAAAAGAAGAUUGUUUAGAGUCUUUUAUUCACUCACUAUUGCAACCUUCAUUAAAUUGGCUUCUGAUUUACAUAAUGAAUUUACCGAUUAUCCAAAAUAUGAGCCAAAGGAUAAAUUAUACGAAUCACAUGUAGUGGAUACAUUUAAAUAUCCAAUGCUUGAAAAACCAUCUAUAGAAGGAUUUGAAUUACAUAUACCUGAUAUUGAUGUUAUUAUUAUUGGAUCUGGUUCAGGUGCAGGUGUUGUUGCUCAAACAUUAUGUGAAGAAGGUUUUAAAUCAUUGAUUUUAGAAAAGGGAAAAUACUAUUCUAAUGAUGAAUUAAAUUUUAGUGAUUUAGAAGGUUAUGAAAAUUUAUUUCAAAAUGGUGGAAUAAUGGCCACCAAAAAUCAACAAGCUUUUAUUUUAGCUGGUUCCACAUUUGGAGGAGGUUCUACUGUUAAUUGGUCUGCUUGUUUAAGAACCCCUUUUAAAGUUAGAAAAGAAUGGUAUGAUGAUUAUGGAUUAGAAUGGGCUGCAACUGAUAGUUAUGAUAAAUGUCAAGAUUAUGUGUGGAAUAAAAUGGGCGCCAAUCAUAAGGAUAUUGAUCAUGCUAUAAGUAAUAGAACUAUUAUUGAAGGUAGUGAAAAAUUAGGUUAUGCUGGUAGACCAAUAGAACAAAAUAUUGGUAAUCAUGAAGGUCAUAAUUGUGGAUUUUGUCAUACUGGUUGUAAAUUUGGAGUCAAACAAGGUUCUGUGAAUUGUUGGUUUAAAGAAUCAGCAAACACUGGUUCUAAAUUUAUGGAUCAAGUUAGAGUCUUACAAAUUAUUCAUGUUGGUGGUAAAGCUGUUGGUGUAUUAUGUGAAGAUACUACUACAGGAGUUAAAUUUAAGAUUACAGGACCUAAGAAAUUUGUUGUUAGUGGAGGAUCAUUGAAUACUCCAGUCAUUUUAAAACAAUCUGGAUUCAAAAAUAAACAUAUUGGUAGAAAUUUAAAAUUACAUCCUGUUAGUGGAUUAGUUGGUGAUUUUGGUAAGGAUGUAAAGACCAAUUCAUUUGCUCAUCCAAUUAUGACUAGUGUUUGUACUGAAGUUGAUGAUAUUGAUGGUAAAGCUCAUGGAGCAAAAAUUGAAACCUUACUUAACACUCCAUUCAUUCAAUCUGUUUUCACUCGUUGGGAAUCCAGUGAUCAAGUAAGGCAAGAGCUUUUAAAUUAUAAUCAUAGAAUUAUCUUAUUGUUAAUUACUAGAGAUAAAAGUAGUGGAACAAUUUCUUAUGAUCCAAGAAGACCAGAAGCUAUUGAAGUUGAUUAUGAAGUUAAUAAAUUUGAUCGUGAUGCUCUUCAUAAAUCAUUUUUGAUUGGUAGUGAUUUAUUAUAUAUUGAAGGUGCUAAAGAAAUCAUUAUGCCUCAAGCUUGGAUUCCAAGAUUUAAAUCGGUUAAACCAAAACAUGAAAGAGCAAUAACUGAUAAAGAAUAUGUUGAAUGGAGAAAAGCAGUUGAAAAGAUUCCAUUUGAUUAUUAUGGAGUUCCAUAUGGAUCUGCUCAUCAAAUGAGUUCAUGUCGUAUCUCAGGAAAGGGUCCAAGCAAUGGAGCUCUUGAUUUAAAAGGUAGAUUAUAUGAAUGUAAAAAUGUUUAUGUUGCUGAUGCCAGUGUUAUGCCAACUGCUAGUGGAGCUAAUCCAAUGAUUACCACUAUGACUAUGUCAAGAUAUAUUGCAUUAGGAAUUGCUAAAGAUUUAAAACCACAAGCAAAACUUUAG